GGCGCGGGAAAACAUUAAUGUUGGUCACUCUGCAUGUUGACAACAAGUGUCAAGUGUGUUUAAAAUGAAAAACUUAAGUGACAAAAACAUAAUCAAUUUACGUAAAUUUCUCAAAAACAACAUCUUGAACAACACUGAUUUUAUGGGACAAGAAAAUGAGCGCCAACAAGUGUAUGAUUUACUUCACAGAACAAUAACUUCAGGUGAAUCGAAUUCGGCGUUGCUCAUAGGCCCCCGUGCUUCAGGAAAAACAACAUUAGUUAACAAUGUUUUGGGGGACUUGCAACGGUUUUUUUCAUCAGACGCAGUUCUCGUGAAAUUGCAUGGUUUAAUUCACACAGACGAUCGCAUUGCUUUAAAAAGCAUAACAGCUCAGAUGAAUUUGGAAAAUGCCGUUGAUGGCAAGGUUUUUGGGAGUUUUGCUGACAAUUUAACGUUUUUGUUAGCCUGUUUAAAGUCAGGCGAAAGGGGCGUUUCAAAGAGCAUUAUUUUCAUCAUUGAAGAAUUUGAUUUAUUUUGUUCACACCACAAUCAGACUCUGUUGUAUAAUUUGUUCGAUGUGUCUCAAUCAGCGCAAACACCAAUUUGUGUCCUAGGUAUUACUUGUAGAUUAGAUGUAAUAGAAUUAUUGGAAAAACGAGUAAAAUCCAGGUUUUCCCACAGACAGAUUUUUUUGUUUUUGGGCAAUGAUAAUGAUAAUCAUUUAGAUCAAAGAUUGGAACGGUUACAAAAAUUUCUUUUGAUUUCAAAUCACCAGUCUUUAGACAUAACUCCAGCGUUUAGGAAACAAUGGAAUUCAAGUGUUAACACUUUACUGCAGAACAGAAAUUUUAAAUCUCUCAUGCAAAGACUUUUGGAUUUAGAUUUAAGUGAGAGGAGUUUGAAAAAUAUUUUGCUACUUGUAGUGUCUGAACUUAAUGAUCAUAACAAUAAAUUGUCGUAUGAUACGUUUUUAAAGCAAGUAGAAUUGUUUGAAAGAGAUGAGACAGUCCAAGUGCUGCAAGACUUAAGCGUGCUUGAACUGUGUUUAAUAAUAACUAUGAAACAUCAUUGUGAAAUUUACGACAAUCAACCUAUGAAUUUUGAAAUGGUGUUUAACAGAUAUUUAAAAUUUGCAAAUGCCAACUCAAAUAUUCAAACAGUUGAAAGGCCUGUAAUAAUGAAAGCUUUUGAGCAAAUCCAGAACCUUGAGUUGAUCUCAGCGUUAACCACUGGCAAUUCUGGGGUGCAAAAAGAAUAUCAACUUUUUAAGUUGCUGGUCCUUCCCCAUCAAAUAUCGGAAGCUGUUAAAAAAAUAACUGGGUUACCAACGGAAGUAACUCAAUAUGCGAAUAGUUCGUUAGUUUAGUCCUGAAAGUUCUCAUAAUUAUCGAAUUCCUCAAUGUACACUUUGGCAGCUUUGUAUAAAAACUCAAGUUGACCCUAAAAUAAAUUAUAUUCGAAAA